AUGCAGCACGCAUCGAACUCCCCAUGGCGAACAUCUACGAGAGACCCUCCCAAACCUCAGUACAGCCUGUCGCACACGAUUUCCAUGGUCAACCUGCACGAGGAGCCAACUUGGUACAAUCGUGGCCCAUCUUCUCCCACAUCUUCAUCAGUCUCAACAUCCACAAGUCGAAGUGCCACUCCCACCACCACGAAUAAUAAUCCCUGGUCGAAUGUAAUGACAAGUCCAAGUUCGCUGGCUUCGAGCAAGUCGCCAAAAUCGUCGCCAAAGCAGAGUCCCACUCGUACCCCACCAUACACAAGUCGGUCGACAACGCCCACCCCAAUCGCACCACAGCCGUUAAGACCCUUCCAGGCAAUGGCUGGAUUCGUACCAAUGUCUCCACCUGCUUCAGUUGUUGGCGACGCUUAUCAGUCAGAGUUUCCCUCGCCAUCAACGUCUGCCUUUCCAGGAUCGCCCAACCCUUACCGCCAACCCGUUGCUCCUCUCUCUCCACUGGUGCACGGCUUUAUCAACACGUCUGCUCUAUCCUCACAAGGACAGUCUCUUUCCGGAUGGUUCUACGACCUCUGUCGAAAGCAAGGCUGGGACGCAGGGCAGAUCAAGAGGAUAUGGCAGUGGACGCUGUCGAACCCACGUCUCGCAAUACUCCUGUAUGUGUGUGAUGACGUCGCCUCCUGGCGGCAAGCGUCAUUCUUCGAUCUGCGAGACGAAAGUCUGCCUUUUCCAGAGGACCGACUGCAGGGUAUCGUAGCAGAUGCCCGAAAAGUUGUGGACGAGCAGUGGCGUGCAACUUCAAAGGAGAUGCUGCUGAACGGGGGCCAUGUUGAUUUUGUGGCACGCGAGACCGUACCACUACAGUCAGAAGGCGUCGUUCGCACAUCGAAAAACUCCGAGAAGAGCGUUGAUAGAGUGCGAUUGCUGGGCAGCAAUGAUGGUCGUGUCCUGAUCCGAAAGCGCUUUGUCACUACUCGGCCUUCACAGAAAGCUGCAGUGUUGGAGCAGAUCAGCAAAUUCAGAAUGCUCGAACACAAGAGCAUCUCCAAGCUGCUGUGCUCGUACGCACAGCCCAGCCAUGUAGGGAUUGUCCUGGAUAAGGCACAGUGCAGUCUAGACGACUAUCUUGCGAUGCCUGGAAGCGAUCCUUCUCGAUCCAGGAUACUGGUUGAUUGGAUGUACGACCUUGCCUCUGCUCUUGAGUACCUCCACACACAAUCGAUUUGCCACCGCAGCAUUCGGCCGAGGAAGAUAUUGGUCGACGGUGCUCGAGUCCUGCUUGCGCCAUUCGAAAUCGGUAACAAUAUCGGCAGCUUCAGUCCAACCACAGGUGCUUCGCAGCGACUAGAGCAACUAGCCACAUAUCUUUCAGACCAGACUCACGUAUAUGCGGCACCUGAAGCGGUGACUUCGCGCGGCAAACGACCGGCUGAUGUGUUCUCUCUGGGCUGCGUCUUCUUGACAAUGUUGACGGUAGCACAGAAUCAGUCACUGUCAGCAUUCACGCAAUACAGGGCUGGCUCGACACAAGAUGCAUCAUUUCACGCACAUCUCGACCGAGUAGGAAGCUGGCGGAACCGACUCGUUGCUUCGACCAAUGCUAGUCUUCGAGCCGGGCUGAGCGGAUCUGGCAGACGAUUACGGCAGCUCAGGGCAGAAGCGGAGUGGCUCAGCAUCAUGGAGAAGAUGAUUGCACCACGGCCGAAAGAAAGGAUCAAGAUGGGCGUCAUCAUGGGCAGCAUCGGGUCCGGCAAGGUGACUGGCGGCAGAAGACGCAGCCUGGACGGUGGCGGGUACAGCGGGCACGUCGCAGCAUCGCUGGGCACAAACAACGGCGCACCAGCGACUGCUCUCGUGGAUCUCGGGCCGACGCUCAAACCCAGAGCUGCCAUGCCGCAGCUGCGUCGACCGGAGCUGAGCGUCUUUGACGGCUAUUUCCAGCAGCAGUCGCGCAAGCUGGAGCCCGCGGGCGGGUGGUGA